CUGUGGUGGCACGUACGUCUUGUACCCCGAAUUAGAGCAGAUACUUGACACCUUGCCGAUAAACGUCAAAAAAUCGCAAAUACACUAAAAACGUCAAAUAGAUUUGUAUUAGUUGAGUUGGAAGAUUGACGUGUAUUUUUGGAUAUGUAAACAUUUUGAAUAAAAUUCCGCAGUACAGCCCCAAAAAUGUAUCUUCCUGGGAGCGGAAUCUUCGUCGUCAAGGGCGAGAUGUCCGUCCUGAUGACUGCUAUGAAACGGGGCACAAGGUGGUCUUCACAUUCUUACCAAGAAGAUGACGAUGGUCUCAUGAAGGGCCUCCAAGAGUUGAAGGAAGUGCUGAAUGCUGUGGAUGAUCUCAGUCUUGUAGAGCCUAACACAUUUUUAACGCCAUUCUUGAACGUUAUCCGAUCAGAAGAGACCACAGGGCCUAUCACAAGCCUUGCUCUGUCAGCUGUUAACAAGUUUUUGAACUAUGGGAUCAUUGAUCCUUCAUAUCACUCUUUGCCACAGACAGUUCACAGUAUUGCUGAUGCAGUAACACAUGCCAGAUUUGUUGGCACUGACCAGUCUUCUGAUGGAGUUGUUUUAAUGAGGAUACUACAAGUACUUCACACCUUGACAUUAGCACCAGAGGGAGCUAAUAUUACCAAUGAGAGUCUGUGUGAGAUAAUGCUUACUUGUUUUAGGAUAUGCUUUGAAACUAGACAUUUUAAUGAAUUGUUGAGGAGAACUGCUGAACAUUAUCUGAAAGAUAUGGUACAGUUAGUUUUUAGGAGACUGCCACAGUUUUCAGAAGACUUAAGGGCAGUCACUAUAAAGCAGCUGAAAAUGAGCUCUAGUGCCAUUGAUCAGACCAGAACUAGAAGAAAAAGUAAGAGUGCCAAGAAAAAAGAAAAAACUGAAAAUGAAGAUUCACAGUCAAUUUCAAAGCCAUUGCCUACAAAAGUAAGCCAUUCUUCAGGUAACAUUGUUGACAUGCAAGGCACUAUUUCACAGAAUAUCCCACAUACUCCUGAAAAUGAAGAGAUCUCUAGUUUAUUAUCCAAUUCAAAAGAAAGUAUGCCUCAAUCCAAUGUAGAUAUUACUGUAACAAAAGAUUCCAGUCCAGUAGGUGAAGAUUGUAAGGACAAUGCUCAACAGCAAUCUGAUGGCUUAACAGAAACACCUAUUGAGGAAAAUGAAAAACUAAGCUUAUCUGAAAUGACUGAAAAAAUUGAAGAGCAACACUCAGAAAAUCAGCCAUCAGAAUCAGCUCAUGAAUAUGUGAACCAAAGAGGAAUAAGAUUCACUCCUCAAAUGCAAGAAGAAGUCACAUUGUCUCCAUAUGGUCUAGCAAGUGUAAGAGAAUUAUUUAGGUUUUUGAUUAGUUUAUGCAAUCCCUUGGAUAAACAAAAUACAGAAGUGGAGAUACAUCUAGGUCUGACACUCCUCACAGUCGCUUUUGAAGUGGGUGCAGAUAGUAUAGGGAAAUAUAACACUCUUUUGGCGUUGGUUAAGGAUGAUAUGUGUAGGAAUUUACUUUCAUUGCUCAACACAGAAAGACUAUCAGUCUUUGCCGCCGACCUGCAAGUAUCCUUCCUAAUGUUCGAAUCUUUACGCAUGCACUUAAAAUACCAAAUGGAAUGCUACCUCAACAAACUAAUGUCGAUCAUAGUAAGCGACUCAGCCAAAAUCACAUACGAACACAAAGAGAUGGCGUUAGACAGUCUGUUGCAACUAUGGCGAAUUCCUGGUUUUGUUAGCGAACUUUAUAUAAACUACGAUUGUGAUAUGUAUUGUACGAACUUGUACGAAGAAUUGACAAAGUUAUUGGCCAAAAAUGCGUUAUCUGCGACUACUGGAGUCUAUCAUACACAUUUAUUGUCUUUGGAUGCCCUGUUGUCUGUGGUUCAGGGAAUUGAGAAGAACUGUUUUAGUUUGAAGAAUGACAGUAUUUCCACUCUUGAGAAACAAUCUCGCGUGAAGGUGACUGAAUCCAUCCCACCCAAAGAAAAACUAGCCGCCAUUAAAGCUAUAAAAAAAUGGUUGCCUCAAGGUACCGAAUAUUUCAACCAAAAACCCAAAAAGGGUAUCCUAUUUUUCCAAGAACACGGCGUAUUAAAACAACAGCUCGAUCCUACCGAAGUCGCUUAUUUUCUGAGAGAAAAUUCCGGCCUUAGCAAAGCGAUGAUCGGGGAAUAUAUCAGCAAUAGGAAUAAUCUACAAAUAUUGGAAGCUUUUGUAAAGACUUUCGACUUUACUGAUGUGAGAAUAGAUGAGGCUCUAAGGGCUUUUUUGGAAACAUUCAGACUGCCUGGGGAAGCACCGACGAUAUCGUUGAUUUUGGAACAUUUUGCCGAAUAUUGGCACAAAUCUAAUGGAGAACCUUUUGCGGACGUAGAUUCCGCGUUUACCCUGGCGUAUGCGAUAAUAAUGCUCAAUGUAGACCAGCAUAACGAAAAUGCAAAGAAGCAAACGGUACCAAUGACAGCAGCGGCUUUCAAGAAAAAUCUUAAAGGUGUGAAUGGCGGCAACGAUUUUGACGAAGAUAUGCUUGAUGAAAUCUACACUACUAUCAAGAAUGAUGAAAUUGUGAUGCCUGCAGAACAGACAGGUUUGAUCCGGGAGAAUUAUCUAUGGAAGCUCCUUCUUCGAAAAGGCCAAUCGAAGGACGGUGUUUACCUCCAUGUAGGCUUAGGCACUUGCGACAGAGAACUAUUCCAGCUCAUAUAUGGUCCAUUUGUUGCCGCAUUGUCCUUUGUUUAUGAGAAAAGUGAGGAUCAAGCAGUUUAUAAGAAGGUUAUGCACGGUUUUGAGUCAUGUGCGAACAUAGCCGCCAACCUCAACAUGUCCAAAAACCUAGACAUGCUAAUCUUAACCAUCUGCAAGUUCACCCUGUUCCACAACCAACAAAGACAAAACAACCUUGUCGUUCAGUUUGGUGCCAACUUUCGAGCACAGAUGGCGUUGAAAACUGUGCUGUCAUUGGUUCAUCAACAUGGAAGUAACAUUAGAGAAGGAUGGAAGAAUACAUUAGAUUUGAUUCUAGCACUAUAUGCUAACGGGCUGCUAUCGAAGACGUAUGUUGAGUCGGAGGAUUUCAUUGAGCCUAGUGGAAAGAUUACUUUGGUGUAUGCAGAUGCCCCUACGUUGCCAAAACAGGAUACAGGUUUAUUGAGCUCUCUAUACUCGUACAUGGUUUCGUCUGAAAACUUGUCCAAAAUGCCAUCUCCAGAAGAGCAACACUACAUCGAAAUUGCAAAAGAAUGCAUUAAAGACUGCAACUUGGAUCAGUUAAUAACAGAUUCGAAAUUUUUGCACGAGGAGUCUUUAGCGGAGUUUGUUCAAGCGUUGAUAGAUUUAUCUAGGGGUCCAGAUGUACAGAAGGGCUUAGGAUAUAAUUAUAAUGAGAAUGUGACUGUGUUCUUUCUGGAGCUGUUGAUUAAGAUCGUCAUCCAAAACAAAGACCGCGUGAUGACCAUCUGGCACGGCGUCAGAGACCACACCUACACCCUGGUCAUGAACGCCUCCUUUUUCGACUACCAAAUCCUUCUAGAACGUUCUGUGAUAGGCCUUCUACGCAUUGCCAUCCGUCUUAUGCGGAAUGAAGAAAUGAGCCCCAUCGUGCUCCAAUCUCUACGAAUGUUGUUACUGUUGAAGAGCAGCACUCUGUGCAGGAUAUCCAGGCAGAUUUCGUAUGGGUUGUACGAACUGUUGAAAACGUCUGCGCAGAAUAUUCACACCGAUACUGAUUGGACGAUUAUUUUUACACUAUUGGAGUGUGUUGGGGCUGGAGCUCAACCGCCUAAGCCUAUUGCUGAGGAUAUGCCGCAGAUGGAUCAAGGUACGAAAUCUGACGGGGAAAACCAACAAAGUGGCGACGAAGAGGCUAUAAGCUCCGAUAGAGGUUAUACGUCUGAUUCUGAACUAACAAAAAGUCCCACAAAACAUAACCAUGGACAACAGAGAACACAUAGUCCAUCAGCUACUUCUCCCGUUGGUACGCCGAAUAUGGGUGGAUGGAUCUUAGUAGGUAAUGAAGGGGAGAUUCAGCCAGUGGUUGGCCGUACUGUACCACCCACGCAGUACGGCUUGUCCUUGGAACGUAACUUGGGACCACACGAACCUAGCAGCUUGAUCAAAUGUUGCGAAAGCUUAGCAUUUCUAGUCAGAGAUGUCGCCCACAUUACGCCUUACAAUUUUGAUGUGUGCGUCCAUUGUAUAAGAACCUUUGUGGAGGCUAGUUUACACGGAAAUAGAGGUAGAAAAAGUAGUAACCGAGAAGGACGACCUAAGCGAAAAACUACAAGUAGGAGAAGGACUGAAAUGUAUAAGGGCAGAAAAAGUCCUUCCAGCAGCCCAGAAGAAGACGAAGGAAGUGAUGAGGAAAACUUACCCAGUGGGUACCACCAAAUUUCAAUUCAGCUUCUGGACCUAAUGCACACGUUGCACACGAGGACAGCGCAGAUAUUCAAGUGGUGGGCUGAGGAAGGUGGUGAAAUUGCUCAGGAAACGUCGUUAUGGACACAGGGAUGGUGUCCUCUCUUGCAAGGCAUCGCGAGACUUUGUUGUGAUAAUCGAAAACAGGUACGAAUGAGUGCGAUAACCUACCUUCAGCGCGCCCUUCUGGUCCACGACUUGCAAACCCUCAGCGGCCCCGAAUGGGAACAGUGCUUCCAAAGGGUGCUCUUCCCUCUACUUGGCUACCUUCUGCAACCCAUCGCACCCAACGACCCGGCUGCCAUGGAGGAGACUAGAAUGAGAGCGGCAACACUGCUUUCCAAGGUCUUCCUGCACCAUUUGACACCACUGCUUUCACUACCGACGUUCUUCAAUUUAUGGAUGGUCAUCCUAGACUUCAUGGAUAAGUACAUGCACGCCGAUAAAUCCGACCUUCUCUACGAGGCUAUUCCAGAAUCGCUAAAAAACAUGCUGUUGGUGAUGGAUUCCGCAAAAGUGUUCGACGGUCCUGAGAGAAAGAACGCGAUGUGGAACGCUACGUGGGAAAGGAUAGGGAGGUUCCUGCCUCAUUUGAAGGAUGAGUUGUUCAUGGAGAUCGAAAAAUUAGAUAAAAACCAAGAAGCUGCUGAAGUCAAUCACAAGGAAGAACCAAAUGUAGAAACAGUACAGAAGCCAGUACAGCAUAACGUUGAGAAUGCUACUAGAUCCAGUAUAAUAUUACAACCUCCAUCUAUGCAACAGCCAGUAUCAUCACAUUUAUUUGCUCAUCUAGGACAGAUGGUAUCAACGCCCAUAGGUCCCACCUACCCCACAUCAGACACUCCAAGGCCCACCCCAAUCACUCCGAUGCCCCAUGUAGCCACCCCAGUCGUGCCAGUGCCAAUCCCCAACUCCACCCCCAUUAUGCAACCCACCCUGCAAACCGGUAUGCCUUACAUGUCUAAUUUUUUCACCCCUACAACACCUCAUUCCAUUCCUGUUUUCUAUAAUAGCCCUCCGGUAAUCAAGCAGGAAUCUCAAUCACCCUUCUACAGUAGUCCUUCUGCUGCCAAACAGGAGUCCCAACAACCCUUCUACAAUAGCCCUCCGGUCGCCAAGCAGGAUUCACAACCAUCGUCUUUAUACGCGGAGUACGUCAGCAAUCCCUACAAUGCCCCCUCUCAAGACUAUAAAUUCGAAGAGGAUCAAAAUAAAAAUAGUGGCAAAAGCGAUGAAAUAGAAAAUAACAAUGCUACGAAUCUGUUCAAGUCUUCGAAUUAUUUUGACGACGAUAGAGGCGCUGGGAGCAUACCAGCUGGGUCUGAGAUUUUGUUUGGGGUUGAACAUAGUAGUUCCAGUGUGUGUAAUGUCAACAUUCCGAUCAGUACUAGUGCAGAAUCGAAAGCCACUGAUAUAUAAGUGUUAGAGAUAUGUACGGGUAGCAGGAUGAACCUUGAAUCAGGUUUUGUGAAGAUUAAAUAAUGUCGGCAAUUGACAUGCCUCCACAUAAUUCUUAAGCACUUCCAGAUUUGGUCAAAAGAUGUGAAUUAUUAUCCGCGGAUAUUGGGAAAAAGUACUGCAUAAUGUAGUUCAAAUCUUAUUGACACCAAAUUUUGUUAAGUCUUUUGUUUAACUAUUUUAGUAAGGAAUGUCAAUAGUAUAUCUUUAAAAUCUAAAACGAUGUAUAUGUAAAUGUAUGCAUGAUAAGGUUGCAAGCAUUAGAUAUUGAUAAUUUCAGAAAAACAUCUACUGUUCUAUAUUUCCAGUAAGUUCGAAUUUCAAGUAAGUGCUGACGAUGACAUUCGAGAAAAAAACUAAAUACCUCUGUCAAUUUUACACAUUAAUAAAAUCAUUGAUUGACAUAUUCCACCAAAAGAUACCCAAUUUAAUUGAAAGCCGCUCCCACGCUACCAGCCACUUAUGCUUACACACUACAAUUGGCAUAAAGCUCUGGGGAAACUCAGUAGCGUUUUGAAAAUGUUUCGUUUUACAAAAAUCGGCUUUGAGGAUAAUUACAAAUUCCAGUUAUGGAUCAACGUGCAAAAAUCUACGAAUAUUACGAUCCAUCCAUGAAUUUAUAUUUUUGAAGUCCUAUGUUAUGUGCUCAGAAAUCUUAAUAAUAUACAGCAGAAAUACACACAUAUGCACUACGUAAUGUUAAUUACCUAAGGAAUCCAUACUUGCAACUGCUAAAAAUAAUCGACAUAACGUUGAAUUCUAUGAUUGGUUUGUCAAUGCGAAUGAACAAAAUUUUGAAUAUAUGUCUAAUCAGGGCUACUCAAAGUUUCUAUUCAGAUGAUGAAUACUUUGAUGCUAUGACGUCACACCUAUAGAUAGUAAAAUAGUUUGUACAGUGUGUUUCAGAAAGACAUGCCAAUAUUUCUAGGGUAGAAAGUACAUCCAAGGAUAAAAAAAGUUCCUAUAAAUAUGGGUCCAAAGAUGCUCCUCUACCAAAGUACAGUGUGAUGAUGCUUUAUUUACGAAAUUGGAGAAAAAAUAUAUCUACGGAGUGGAUAAAGAUACUGAGUUAAGAUCUUAGACGUUCAGUGAGCACAUGAUAAGCAAUAAACACACAGUUUUCCGGCCCAAACUAAACCAGGGUCGUAGAAACUGGGGUAUCUGGAUCCCUAGUAGGAAAUAUUUUCUUCGUCCCUGGCCUUUUCGGAGAAAAGGAAUUCAUUUUAUAAAAUACCAUUCAAUUUUCCAUAAAUUUUUCCUCUUAAGGAAUUUUUUUCUGAUCACUCGUUUUGGAGAUAUUCAGGUUUGAUUAUUUGAGGUAAAAUCCUAAAAUAUUCUUAUGAAAAGGCUUAGCCUCCCCUAUUCUAAAAACAUCUUGAAGCUUGAUAUUGGAAACACUAUAUGGCACCUCAUUACAACAUUAAUUGAAUAAUAUGCGAGUCUAUCUUCAGUCAGUUACGUAACUUAAAGCUCCGAAAUGCUAAACAAUUUUGAGAAUAAAGCCAAUGAGUUCAGAAGUAAAAUAAUAAGUUUACUCAAAUACACUAGUUGUGAUUUUGAAAGAAUCCAUCAUGGGUAACACCAGGAGAAAUAUGCCAUACAAACCAGUGGCGUGCAUAGACAAGCUUUAAUGAAGGGUAAGCUUCUUCGUUACUGAUUGAGGAUCAGACGCGCAUGUAAUUCACUUAAUGUUAUAAUGAGCUGCCAUAGCUUUCUUCACUUGCCAUAUUGUGUUUCCAAUAUCAACCAUCAUAGUGUUUUCAGAAUAGGGGAGGCUAAACCUUUUCAUAAGAAUAUUUUAGGAUUUUACCACAAAUAUUCAAAUCUAAAUGUCUCCAAAUGGAAUGACCUGACAAAGAUUCCGUAACAAAAUUGAUGAAAAAUUGAAUGGCAUUUUAAAAAAUGCACUUAUUUUCUCCGUUAAGACCAAUGGCGUGGAAAAUAUUUCUUAUUAAGGGUCCGAUAUCCCUGUUUCUACGUCACUGGUUCAGUUUGGGCUGGGAAACUCUAUGUGUUUAUUGCUGAUGAUGUGCUCACUGAACGUCUAAAAUCCUCAGUAUCUUUACUCGCUCUGUAGAUAUAUAUUUUCCAAUUUCGUAAAUAAAACUUCUUCACCCUAUAUAUCGGUUGGGGACCAUCUUCAGACCCGUAUUUGAAGAAGCUUUUUAUGUUAUUUUUGGAUGUACUUUCUAGCCUAGAAAUAUUGGCACGUCUUUCUGAAACACCCUGAAACAUAAAUGGUAUGGUAUAUACAGGAUCGACGGAGAAUCAUUGAUGUCCUAUAUUUAAUGUGUACGAGAGAGAUAGAGAUAAACACGUAUGUUAGGGCGAGAGCGCGAAUGAAGUAUUCACAGACUCGUCCUUAUUGUCGGGCAUUAUUCCUGCUCUCGCUCUGGCAUAUGCGUUUCUCUCCCUAUCUCUCUCAUACGUAUUAAAUAAGGGACCUCAAUGAUCAUCUGCCGAUCCUGUAUAUGUCGGUCACUAACUUGUGGUGUCAGUGUUGCCACCUCUCAGAGUGUUGCCGCAUGCUUUAGAAUUUUCCUUUGCGUCAUUGAAACAUUUUAUGAAUACAAAUUACGGAGGUUGAGGAAUAUUUUCUUGGAAUGUUGAUGUUUAAACAUGAACAAAUCUUUUUAAAAAGAAAAUGGAAGUAUACUUUUUAUUACUUUUGAGAAAAUUAGUGACAUCUUACUUGGCAACAUAGGAUUCUCACGAUGGAAAUCGUAUAUAAACAUUCAAACAUAGCUUAUAUGGCAUCUUCCUGGAGAAUACGUUAUUCAGUGAUAGUAACUUAUAUCAUUUGAUUAUAAGUCCAAAAGACUUUAUAUCUGCCAACCUAACGCAAUAUUCUCACAUCCAAAAAAAUAGAUACCGUAGCGUCAUCUAUGAGAAUUUGUCACAGCUGUUUCUCUAUUUACUAUAUAUACUUUGAAACGGUUAGUGUCUCAUAGAUAGCGUUGUCUAUAUGAGCAUAUACAAAAGCAUAUCGGCACCUAUGAGACACCAAACUUUUCAAAAAAUAGUAAAUAGAGAUGCAGCUGUGGCAAAUUCUCAUACGAUAUUUCAUUUUAUCUCAGAUAAUUUUUUAGACGUGCUAACAUAGCAUGAGGUUGACAAUCGUCGGCUAUAAUAUGUUAAUCCAUGACAUCUGUAUAAUAUCGUAAAAACGACGAAGGUGCAUUCACAUGGUUUAUUCAGACGAUGUGACGAAUUCAUUACUUGAAAAUUGCAACAUUCUUAACCUUUAUACACUAAUAAAUUGCGCUACUACACCUAUUUACAACAUGGACGUUUUUAAUUAAACUUAUAGUUAAUUGAGAAAACAUGAAAAAUCAUCAACAGCAGUUUUCCUAAUAUAUCUAUCAGAUGUGAGAUUUUUGGUGUGAGUACGGUUUAAUCUGGAAAUUAAACCAAAGUGCAAGUUAUAUUAUUGGUUCUUUAUUCUUGUAAAUUAAUAUGUAUAUUACCAUAUUAUAUUGCUGUACAUUUUUAUCCGUGUAUAAUUUUGUAAUAUUUAUUGUUGUGUAAAAUUAAAAGUAUAUACCUUCAACAAAUAUAUUUAUUUAUAAACG